AAACAUUUUUUUUAUAGAUCUACUUAAACAAAAACACGAGAACCGAGAGAACGUUAAGAAGUUAAAAUAAAUAAUAUACAAAGUUUUACAUAAAAAUAUUUGAAUAUUUUUCAUUAGGUAAAAGUGAAAAAUAACAAAUUUGAAAAUGAAUAAUUUAAUGCAUAUUAUUGUAUUCAAUGUUAAUGUACCUUUUUUCCUGAUGGCAUUUGCUGUUGCGAGCGGGGAAUAUCAGCAGGAGUUAACAGAAAUAAAAAAAUCGAUAAAUUAUAAUUACAACUUAUUUGUAAAUGAAUUACAUAGCAACAGAUAUUUAAUUGGCAAUUGUUCUGGUAAUAUUUCUUUCGACAGAAGUAUGAAUACUUACAAUGACGAAAUAAAAUAUAUAGUAUCAUUGUAUAAUCAAUCUACUACCCCUGAUGACAAACGACUUGAGAAUAUAGAUAGAAUAAUUGUAAAUUGUUUAAUGAAUUUAAGAGAAGACGUGAAACAAUUUGAAGUCUGUAGAACUAAAAAUAAAACAUUUAAAAUCGAUGAAAACAUAAAAAUUAAUGUGAUAAGGGCAUUUUUAUUAAAUAAGAAUGAGGAAAUUUCCAGAUAUAAUUGGAUCUUAAAAAAUUUUCGUCCUUCACAAAGUGAAAAGGAAAUAAAUGAUUUUCAACGAAGAAUCAAUUCGGAAACAAUGAAUAAUAAUUUAUCGUCUCAUGAUGUAUACUUGAAUCUUAGACAAGUCUAUUAUAAUACUCUGAAUAACUUUAACGAUAAAUUUGAGUUCAUUCUUUAUUGUACACAGGAACCAAUUCAAGCAAUUCGACAUUACAAGACAUUUAUUGUUAAACUGAAAACAGCACUUUCUAAGUAUGAAAAUUAUGGUACUAUAAUUACAAUGCAUGAGAAUGAGAUUGCUGAAAAAAGUUAUAAAGAUUUUAAAAAUCAUUUACAAUAUAUUGAUGAGUGUACAAAUCUUACAAGAAAAGUUUCAGAAGAAAAAAAAUCUCUUGAAGUAAUUACAGUACUUCCAUAGAAUAAUCCAAAAGUAAAUCUUAAUUUAAGAUCAGUUUUAAGUUCAGAUCUGUCUGCUUAAGUAUAUUAAGUCCUUCAAAAUCCAUUGUGUAAAUUCAGCGUAAAUUUCGUGAAACAAUAGUUUCUUUUGUAACAAGGGCGCAAAAUAGGUGAUUUCGCCAAAGUCGUAAUCACCUUUGCGCCCAUGAUGCGAACAUAAUUUUUUGUCCUAACUGCAUGGAAAGUAUGGCAUUGAGAGCACGCACGAUUAAACGCUC